GACUUUCUAUAUACUUGGAUCCCAAGUCAAAGAAGGACUGCACAGGCAGACUCUCACAGGGGUAUAACAGUCAAUCCGAUGAAAAUAUAUCUCCCUAAACCCUAGCUGCUUAGUAUAAAUACGUGCACUCCCCACCUCUCUAAACACUCUGCACCUCCGCUCUCCUUCCCCAAUUACAUCUUGUUUGUUCUUUGAAGGUUUAUUUAUCUCUUAACAGUUGAAAUAUGGGCAAGGAAAAGAUUCAUAUCAGCAUUGUGGUCAUUGGCCAUGUCGACUCUGGGAAGUCGACCACCACUGGGCAUCUCAUCUACAAGCUUGGUGGUAUUGACAAGCGUGUCAUUGAGAGGUUUGAGAAGGAAGCUGCUGAGAUGAACAAGAGGUCAUUCAAGUACGCCUGGGUUCUUGACAAGCUCAAAGCUGAACGUGAACGUGGUAUCACUAUUGAUAUUGCCCUCUGGAAGUUUGAGACCACCAAGUACUACUGCACUGUUAUUGAUGCUCCUGGACAUCGUGACUUCAUCAAGAACAUGAUUACUGGUACAUCUCAGGCUGAUUGUGCUGUACUUAUCAUUGAUUCCACUACUGGUGGAUUUGAGGCUGGUAUCUCUAAGGAUGGUCAGACCCGUGAGCAUGCUCUUCUGGCUUUCACUCUUGGUGUGAAGCAAAUGAUCUGCUGCUGUAACAAGAUGGAUGCUACCACACCCAAAUACUCCAAGGCGAGGUAUGAUGAAAUCAUUAAGGAGGUGUCUUCCUACCUGAAGAAGGUUGGUUACAAUCCUGAGAAGAUCCCGUUUGUGCCUAUUUCUGGAUUUGAGGGUGACAAUAUGAUUGAGAGGUCGACCAACCUUGACUGGUACAAGGGUCCUACUCUCCUUGAGGCUCUUGAUGCUGUCUCUGAGCCCAAGAGGCCCUCGGACAAACCCCUUCGUCUCCCGCUUCAGGAUGUCUACAAGAUUGGAGGUAUUGGAACUGUGCCAGUUGGAAGGGUUGAAACUGGUGUCAUCAAGCCUGGUAUGGUUGUCACCUUUGGUCCAACUGGGCUGACAACUGAAGUUAAAUCUGUUGAAAUGCAUCAUGAGGCACUCCAAGAAGCCCUCCCUGGUGACAAUGUUGGCUUCAAUGUCAAGAAUGUUGCUGUUAAGGAUCUCAAGCGUGGUUUUGUUGCAUCAAACUCAAAAGACGACCCUGCCAAAGAAGCUGCAAACUUCACUUCCCAGGUCAUCAUCAUGAACCACCCUGGUCAGAUUGGAAACGGUUACGCCCCCGUCCUCGACUGCCACACUUCACACAUUGCAGUCAAGUUUGCUGAGCUCAUGACCAAGAUUGAUAGACGUUCGGGCAAGGAGCUGGAGAAGGAGCCCAAGUUUUUGAAGAAUGGUGAUGCCGGUAUGGUGAAGAUGAUUCCGACCAAGCCGAUGGUGGUGGAGACUUUCUCGCAGUACCCACCGCUGGGAAGGUUUGCAGUGAGGGACAUGCGCCAGACUGUUGCUGUUGGUGUGAUCAAGAGUGUGGAGAAGAAGGAUCCAUCAGGAGCCAAGGUGACCAAGGCAGCAGCCAAGAAGGGUGCCAAGUGAACUGUGUUCUCUACACAUACUAUCUCUCGCUUUAUUUACUUCAAGAAACUCUUAUUUAAUGUUGGUCUUGCAACUUUUUGUCGUUUUCUUUGUGUCUGUUGGUAUUUGUCGUGCGAUUUUGGCUCCCAGAAUUGGGUGCUGGAUCGCCGAUGGCGUCAGUUAAUAUGACUCUGUUUCUAUUGUUACUUUUAUGAUAUUGAGUUUUUCGUCA